AUGAUCCACAUGUGGUAUCAUCAUCAAACCCCUGCCAAGAUAGGGCCACGUCAUAAGAAACGCAUAAUGAGUACACAUGUCAGUCCUACUGUUACACCGGUGACCUUGUUAAAGUCAGAUGUGAAUGGAAAGCGUAGAUUAGAGGCCGCACCAUUUGAAAAUGUGCAUCACAGAGCACAAACCACACAAAUCCAUGUCCUCUCUGUCAAUGAACCUGGAACUGCACAGAAGCAGAUGAAGGGAAUUGUGGGGAGGCAGACAAGGGCGCACUUGAAGAAGCUCCUCAACAGUCUGAAUUGCAGGGAGGCAGAUGUAAACGAUGGUGCAUGCCGGAAGCAGACAAGGGUGCGCCUGAAAAACUCUUCAACUGCCAGAAUUGUGGGGAGGCAGAUAAGGGCGCACCUGAAGAAGUCCUUCAGCUGCCUGAAUUGCAGGGAGGUAGACAUAAAUGAUGGUGCAUUCUGGGAGGCAGAUGAGGGUGCACCUGAAGAAGUUCUUCAACUGCCUGAAUUGUGGGCAGAUGAGAGCGGGGAGGCAAAUGAGAGCACACCUGAAGAAGUUCUUCAACUGUCUGAAUUAAUUGUGGGGAGGCAGAUGAGGGCGCACCUGAAGAAGUUCUUCAACUGGCGGAAUUGUGGAGAGGCAGAUGAGGGUGCACCUGAAGAAUUGAGGAAGUUCUUCAACUGCCUGGAUUGUGGGGAGACACGCAUGCUGGAAGCAGAUGAGGGUGCAUGGUGGAGGCAGACAAGGGGUGCGCCUGAAAAACUCCUCAACUGCCAGAAUUGUGGGGAGGCAAAUAAGAGCGCACCUGAAGAAAUUCUUCACCUGCCGGACUUGCACACGACAGGGCAGGAGGUCCAAGAGAGAAGUAUUGUACAAUGGGGAUCUAAGGAGCCUGCCAGGAUUGUAGAUCUGUGA